UCAAUUCAAUUCAAUCUUUUCUUUUCUUUUCUUUCCAUUCCAAUUACCUUUUGUGAUUCGGUUGUCUUUCUACCUAUGGUACCUAGGUAUCCUCAGAUAUCCUUUCUUAUUAUCCAAAUAAUUAUUAAAAUCAAAUUCAAAAUCCGAAUCAAAUCCGAAUCCGAAUCCAAAUCCAACUCCAAAUCCAACUCCAAAUCCAAAUCCAAAUCCAAAAUCCAAAUCUAAGACCAAAUCUCAACUUUAACUACCUACCUAUCUACCCUACCUAGUCUGAGCUUUUUUUACUCACUUGGAUCAAACUGAUACAAUUACCCAUACUACUAGGUACUUCACUGAAAUCCGAAAUCCGAUUUCUUGGAUUCCCUGGUUUAUCUAAAUCUCAAUCUGAAUCUGAAUCUGAAUCUCAAUCUCAAUCUCAAUCUCCAGCUCUGGUUCCAGCUCUCCAGCUCUCCAAGUCUCAAGCUCUUUUUCCCAUCACUCGCUAGCUCAAAAUUUACUAGCGAACCUACCUAUCUACCUACCCGCAGCUAUUCCUGUACCCGUAUCUAAUGAAAUUUAUCUAUCUGCACCCAGAGAAUCCACUCAGACAAAACACAAUCUAAACCUUUCUUCCACUGCCGCUCCGCAACUUCGCUCACUCCACCCAAAAAAGAAAGAGAGGAGAAGCGAAGAAAAAAGGUAAAACAAAUAGGAAGACGGCAACGAGACUAGACCGGGCGAACAGAAUAAAUAAAUAAGUCAAUCGUAUAGGUACAGUAACGUACAGAACCGUACAGUGCAAGCGCGAAAUCACGAAUUCAAGACAGAUGUGUCAAGGUUCCUCUGUUAUCCUGGUAAGUACUCCAUUAAUUCUCUCUCAUGGCCUUCCUUGUACAUACAGAUAUAGAUUCUUAAUUGUAUUUUUUUUAAUAAAUAUUAUUAGUUGUGGAUUUAGGGAAGAAAAAACCUUAGAUGGCUCUCUCGCCUUCUAUUCCACCCCACACAUCUACCACGACCGCGAGCAAUACGACUUCUACAAUCUCUAAAACUCCUAAUUCCUCUUUCCAAUCUGGAUAUCGCUCAAACUCAAAUUCGAACUCGGUCUCGAAUUUGAUUGAUACCAAUCCCAAUAACAAUCAAAUUCAAAUUCAAAUUCAAAUUAUACCCUCGUCUCUUACCCAUAAAAUCAAUCCUGCGCAGACCUCAUCAUCCACAUCCGCAUCCACCACCACCACCACCACCGCGAAUACCUCAGCCUCAAAUUCUCUACCACCACUUUCGGAUAGAUCCAUUCGAGAAGGCGGAACGACUCAAAAUUUUACGGAAGAUCCCUCUGAGAUAUCUUCAGUGAAACUUUCCAUUCGACCUUUAACUUUUGAUUCACAAUCUCCAUUGAUCGUUCGCGAAUCGAGUGCAAAGGAACUGAUACCUCGUUCUUCUAAUAAUAAUAAUACUACCACUUCUAAUAAGCAAAAUCGACAAUCGACUAGCUCAUUAAAGCAAAACCGGAGUGGCUUGUUUACCUUGGCUGUUUUAGCAAGAGACAAAACUAGCAACGCAAUUGCAAGUUUGGCUGAACCCGCAUUACGUUCUCGUCUCUCGUCAAGCAAUAUUUUAGAUUCAAAUACAGAUCAUAUCACUCCUUUCAAGGGUAUCAAUAAUAGGUCCAAGUCGGCAGAGUCUAUUGCGAGUGCUAGAGAACAUAUAGCUUCAUCCUCCUCACCUAGUGAUAACUCGACAUCGGCUACAUCGAACACAAUUGCAGAGAACACACCUUCUGCCGAUUUCCUCGGUCGUCGUCAGUCGUUACUUGGUACCCAUCCUCCUUCGCAGGCCUACUCGAACACUGCUGCGGAUACCCCGCCGUUGAUCCACCCAAAUCGCAACACGGCGAAUUCAAGCAAGAUGCACCAAACAUCUUCGCGCUUGUUGCGCAUGACGAGCGAUGAUAGACCGUUCACUAGAGUAUGUAUUUCGCAAAAAUAUGGUGAUUUCUGAGAGGGCGACAUGGAUGCUGACUUUUGAGCAAGGAUUUCAAGGAUUUAUUCGCAACGUUGGUAGUCAGUUUACCACUGGCAGCGCACCGCAUACGAUUAACUAGAGUUGAACAUUCGUUUCUUUCAGAAGAGGCUAUCAAUAAUUUGGGCUCUUUAAAAUUCUCACAAUCAAAUCGUAUGCCGGAUCCAAAAGACCCCUCACGCAUCGUCACCACUACCACGACUACAACAUUUUCUAUGGCGCGGGAAAUGGCUCGUUCAGUGUGUCAACGCUUCUUGGAUGCAAGAUUUAUUGAAUCUGCGGAUGGGAAGCAAGCAAAGGAAUUCACCAUGAAGGGAUCUAUAUGGCAGUUGACACCAAAGGGUAUUCAUAUUUUGGAAAGAUUCUGCUUGAAGAACGGAAUACAACAGAGACACGUCGCGGAACUUGUCGCGUCCCCAAAAAAUACCAUGCAACUGGUUAUUUUAGAAAGAGAUUCUGCUACAGAUAAACUUUCCUCGGAUCGAAGCACAAUUGAGGUUAUUUUCCGCAGAUUCGUUGGUCAAAAUGGACCCAAUAUCAAGACCAGUACUACAUCAGCUGAUUCGGACUCAUUGAGCGAAUACAAGGAUGGGAUUGCUGGUGUAAGAAUGGCAGGAGAGCGUAAAGUUGGAUCGCCACCUAGAACUGUUUAUCAGACAUUUACCGGAAAGGCCGCUUGUGACUGGUUGAUGGAUUGUUGUACUACGGUGGACAGACGGGAAACCACAGAAGUCGCAUCGCUAUUUUUGGAGCAAGAACUAAUCUGGUGUGUUCAGCCUGACAGGCAAUACCAACAACAACUUCCUCCUUCCGAUGAUAAAAAGGAUUUCCGGUUUCAGCCUACUAAAUAUGCCUUCUAUCAAUUAUCACAAAAAGGCAAAGAUGUCAUCAACAUGACUUCAAGGGAUCGUACUUCUGAGAGUGAAGGAUCUUCAGCGGCAGUUAGAGCUGGUGUUUCUCGCGAUUCGAAUACUCAAAAAUUGGACAAGAUCCUCAAUGAUGCUGCGCUCCGUUUGCUUUUCCGUGAAAACCUCCGGGAUACUCAUUGCGAGGAGAACUUGUCUUUCUAUUUAGAUGUCGAGGAAUUCUUAAAGUCUUGCAAAGCAGCAGUAAGAAAUGUGGAUCCAAUCAGGGGUAAAUCUGGAGGAAGUCUCGAUUCCGUCAAAGAAACCAUGGCCUCGGCCUACGGUAUCUACAAUGCAUUCUUAGCUCCAGGCUCCCCUUGCGAACUUAAUAUCGAUCAUAUGCUCAGGAAUCAGCUGGCUACCAGGAUGACUAAAGCUGUGGGACAAGAUGCUGCUAUGGUUGAGAGUUUGAAGGAAGUUACAAAAUUAUUUGAAGAGGCUCAACUGUCAGUCUUCAAGUUGAUGGCUAGUGUAAGUACUUCCGAUCUGUAAUCAUGAAGGUUUACUAAUGACUUACCACAGGACUCUGUACCAAAAUUCAUGAAGAGCUCGAAAUAUGAACAAACUCUUAAGAAUUAUGAUUUCGAUUUAUUAGCACAUGGGCCACGGUAUAAUCUACCUGAGCGCUCCGUUAGCAAAUCUAACAGGUAGCAGUUAAAUAAUUACCAACUGGCUCCACGACGAACCCGCUUUGAAUACCUCACAACCCUUCGUCAAAUUUGGGCACCAGCUGUAUUAUUACUUCAAGGGCAGGUAAUUAGGCCUUGGAAGAGGCCUUGAAACGAUCAGUUGUUUUUUAGCGAUUGCAUAGAUUCCCCUCAACGUUACUUUUGGACCAAAAUAUAUCUCAACUGAAAGAUCAUUUGGAGAUGAUGAACUGAGAUUUUCCUUUACUCCGGAGAUUACAUUAUUACAUACCGUAUGCAUGAACCUCGAGUUAGAAAGUUCAUCCGGAAAUGAAUGCAUUUGAUGGAGUGCUGAGAAGGGAUUUUUUUUGGACUGACAGUCAUCUUGAUAUGAUUGGUCUCAUUUUUCUUAUUACAAAUUUUUUUUGCGGCCUCCGUUUUUUGUGUUUCAUCGAUCGAGAUUCUUCGAUGAGCGGCUUCCCGGCAUUGCAUCGCAAAGCAUAAUCGCACGAAUGAGAUAUAUGUACAUAGCAUUUCUGGCGUUAGGGUUAUAGCUUGAUCACAUUUUUGUGGGAAGGACGAAUAAAUUCAUUGGGUGGGGUGUUGCUAUACA